AUGGCACUUGAAGCCACGCCAGUCAGCACCCCCUCUCCAACUGUGCUGGAGGCCCUGCGCGCCAAGCACCCACCUGCGCCCGCCUCCCCACCUGACUGGAACUUUCCAGAACCUGACCCUCACCUAUCGGCACCGUUUGCAGUCUUCUCCAAGGUGCUGGGAAGCUGCGAGAUGGGGGUGGGAGCGGGCCCCUCAGGAACAACUUUCGAACACUUACGCGAUGCAGCGCUGAUCAACCACUCCGUUGGGAAACACCUGCACGCGCUAGUCAACAUGAUAUUAACAGGAAAAUUACCUCCUGCAGUGGCUGAGCUCCUCACCGCCUCAAGAUUGAUUGCCCUGAGCAAGCCUGAUGGGGGGACGCGACCAAUUGCCAUCGGCGAGAGCAUAACACGCCUCGCAGCUAAGACGGCGCUUACUUUGACUGCAGGGGCCGCUCGUGUAUUCUUCCUACCGCACCAGUUCGGCGUGGCAGUCCCUGGCGGGGCGGAGGCGAUUAUCCACAUCACACGCACGUACCUCACGGUGAACACAGGAGCUUUGGUCCUACAGGCUGAUCUGGCGAACGCUUUUAACAGCGUUAACCGCGACGCCAUCAUCACAUCUCUUCGGGACUCCUCUCUCGCUUCACUUUUACCGUUAGUUAAACUGCUGUACGGCCUUCCUUCGGCUCUAUGUCUGGACGCUGGCUUCUCACACCCACCUCUGCUGAGCGAGACCGGGGUGCGGCAGGGAGAUCCCCUCGGCCCGUUGCUGUUCGCUGCCGCCAUACACCCAGCGCAGACGAAAACGGCGCUCAGCUUCCCCUCCGUGGUCUGUCUUGCCUUUGCGGACGACGUAACUUUUCUUGGGGAUGCAGCCAUGUGCGCGGCGGCAUUUGAGGACUUCACAGGAAACCUCGGGGAGAUCGGGCUGCGCCACAACCCAGCCAAGUGCGCGGCCUGGUCUCAGGCAGGCCAGCAGGGAGCAGCGCUUCCAGUGGGCGUACCUUUCACAGAAGAUGAGGUGAAGGUGCUUGGCAGCUUCAUCGGUGGCAGCGACGCAACCGCCGCGUUCCUACGUGCCAGCCUCGACACCAUGGGAGUGCCGCUGCCCUUAAUCGCGCGGAUGGAGCCGCAGCUGGCUUCCCUCCUGCUCUCACGGUGCAUCUCACGGCGGAUCGCUUACGUCGCCCGCACCACGCCGCUUUCGGCCCUGCCAGUCGAGGAGUGGUCAGACUGGGGUAAAAAGCUGUUUGAGACGUUGCUGACUGCCUGCGGCAUUCGCCACCCACGGGGGGAGGCCGAGAUUUCACCCGGCAUUGGAGCUGCCUUAGAGGGUGAAGGAGGGUAG